AUGCCGCCCAAGCGAUUUCAAUGGCGUUCCACCGUUCUUCGCCCCUGGGUAGUGUCUCUUCUUUUGUUCGCAGAAGUGAGUCUCGUCUGUGCUAUCGCGGCUCUUUGGGUUCUGUCGGAGGUACACGCAGGCUUCGUGAACGUCGGCUUUCGAGGAUCCGGCUCCGCAAUUUUCAGCAGACAAGGCGCACACGAGCGUGGUCAGCCCCUGCUAUGGACAACUUUACCGUUUAUUAUCCUCACGCUCUAUCGCCUCUUCCGUGAAGCUGUCGUCGGAGCUCUUGUUGUCGACGCACCGUUCGUCGAAUUACACAGGUCCUCAUCUGAUCGGCCUACCAAGAUACGAAAGUCGAUAUAUCUUGAUUAUCGCACAUCACUCAGCAUCGUAGCAUGGUCCAAGGCUCUCAAGAAUGGGCAUACAUUUCUUGGCCUAUGCAUGCUGUUUUCCUUUGUGGUAUCACUUGGGCUGGUACCGCUGGUCGGAGGUCUUUUCGCCGAAGGGGAAGAGCUUCCUGCGACCAACGCAAUUUUCAGUCUAGGAUCUAUACUCGAUAGGACUACAGAUAUCACUGUCGUCGACUAUGGUCUCCUCUUUGACCUUGUUUCUGCCUCCUGGGUCUAUACUGCUCCUUACCCUCCCGGAACCGACGGAAACUUUCCUCUUCCAAGCGUGGCACCCGUACGAGAUCUCAAGAACUAUACCAUCUCUUUACCGGCAACCACCUCUCAACUUUCCCUCGAUUGUCAGGUCAUCAGCGGCGCACCAUUUACCACAGACAAGGAGACGGAAAACGUAAAAAAUCGCCGUUUCUCCGCUACCGAUCGCGAUUGCUUGAUCUCCGGAGAUAUCGCUGUCGGAAAUAACAAAGAUUCUUAUUACCUCGGAGCGUUUUCCCAGCAGGACUGCCCUGACGUCGCUGGUCGCACACGAUUGGUGCUCUUCUCUGUUCCAGUUGACUCAUCUGGUGGAAUGCAAGAUCCGACCCUGAUAUCCUGCAUUCCGUCAUACUGGACUGUCAAUGGCACACUGGGCGUGGUUAGAACGACAGACUCCACGAACCGAUCGGCAGAAACACCUUCUUUCUCAGAAUCUUCUCGGAGCAUCGAAGAACUUCCCGAUAUCAAACGCCAACAAUUCGAAGAGGGCGUCGCUAGGGUACAAUCCAUCAACAUAGGAAGUAAGGUUAACACACCGGAUCGCCUCGCAGAGCUGGUGGCUAGGUACAUCGACAACCAUGACUUGGAAUUCGCAGAGGACCAUUUGAUCAAGGCUUCGAGCACGGUAUACCCCGCUGUUUAUACAAUGCUCUGCCUAGACAAGUUCUACCCCACCUUAGCACGACCGAUUCAGCAGUGGGGCGUUCUACACAUACCUGAGAACCGAUUACAUGUUGUCGAGCCUGUGGCGAUUGCCAUGAUCAUCUUCCUCGUCAUACUUGUUGUUGAGUCUAUAUACCUCAUCGUUUACCUCCACAAGUAUCCUAGUAUACUUGCAGAAGAGCCUAUUGGACUUGUCGGUGCUGCAAAUUUGCUUCAUAAUAGUAACAUUUCACGUGUGAUUGCGAAGUUCCAUGACGAGCCUGGAUUCGACGGUCGACUUCGACGGCCACUGAAACAGGACGAUAAGAAGCAGGACAAAACCAGUAAGAAGCAAGAGAAGGUCAACAGGAAGCAGAACAGGGCAGACAAGAAAGAGGAGAAGAAGAAGGCUUCAAACACGGAUGACAGCCUAUUGGACAGAAAAUGUUGGGUAGAGCGAGAGCCCGACGCAUGGGAACUGAAGAUCCUAGUGGAACCCAGAGCUGUCGAUGCCCCUUUCCCUGAACAUGCAUUUUCCGCAUCUCGGAAAGACUCUGCUCUGCAUGCAGCUCAGCCAACACGUUCUGACAGUGGGCAACCGACACAAAACGUAGCAUCAUUAGUUUAA